UGGCAGCCGGGACGUCGGCGGACUGUGUGCCUGCGCUGAGGAGAGGUGCGUGUCCCCAGUGUCCGCUCCGGUCGCCCGGUUAGGAAUGCGCCUCACGAAGCCGGUGUGUGCUGUGAUAUUCGGUGAAAAGCCCGCGGGGACCGUGGUGUGAGAAGAGUCAUGGUUUGGCAUCGCUUGUACCUUUAGUGUCUCGGCUUUUGAUUCAUUGAGCUAUCUGUCGUUAGCCCGCUCCGUUGAUUCAUAGCACGCUAGGUCGGGAGCCUCCGUCUGUAGCCUACCUGUUAGCCUGUUAGCUAGCUAGCUAGCAGCUAGUCCGAGUGCGCUGCUGGCCGAUCCAGUCCGACGGGAGAGGACCAGGCUUACUGCUGAACACGAGCCGGUUGUUUCCGAAGGACGAGCUGGUGGUGGCUGGCGGGGGCCGGGAGAAAGCGACGGGGUGGAAGUGAGUAAGGAGCGGCUGAUGAGUUCAGACCAGAGCGGGGAGCCGCCGCUGCUGCAGGAGGAGGCCGAUCCGGGACCGAAGACCGGUGGGAAGGACGAGGCUCCGCUGGGGAGCGAGGGAGGGUCAGGCGGCAUGGUCACCUCUAAGGGCGCCGGUUUGAACCCAAAUGCCAAGGUGUGGCAGGAGAUGCCUGUGGUUCCCAGCGAGGCUCUUACCAACAGUCCUCAUUGGCCCACCGCCGACAUGAGUGAGGGUUAUUCUGAGCCAUCGUCUGCCGGGUCCAAGCAGUUCACUGUGGGACUCACGGCCCUGGAUGACAGCAGCUCCACAGUAACAGCUGAGAUAGCAGUAAAUGGAAUGGACCCUCCAGAGUUGGGCUUUUCCCCUGCUGAGUCCACCACAGGGACGCCAGUGGAAUCCAAAGCUGAAGAGCAGCCCAUCUCCUCUGAGAAUCUGCGAGAGUCUCUGAAGAAAGAGCUUGAGUUUUAUUUCUCUAGAGAAAACCUCUCAAAGGAUUUGUACCUGAUGUCCCAGAUGGACAGUGACCAGUUUGUUCCCAUUUGGACUAUAGCCAGCAUGGAGGGCAUCAAGGUCCUCACCACUGACAUGGACCUCAUCCUGGAUGUGUUGAGAUCCUCUCCUAUGGUGCAAGUGGAUGAGAAAGGAGAGAAAGUGCGCCCUAAUCACAAGCGGUGCAUUAUCAUCCUGAGGGAGGUCCCCGAAACCACACCUGUUGAGGAAGUGGAGUCACUGUUCAAAAAUGACAACUGUCCAAAGGUGAUAAGUGUGGAGUUCGCACACAACAACAACUGGUACAUCACAUUCCAAUCAGACACGGACGCUCAGCAGGCAUACAAGUACUUGAGAGAGGAAGUAAAAACAUUUCAGGGAAAACCCAUCAUGGCCAGGAUAAAGGCCAUCAACACAUUCUUUGCAAAGAAUGGCUACCGUAGCAUGGACAGCAGCCUGUACGCUCAGCAGUCCCAGAGCCAGUCACAGUACAGCUCCCCCCUCUACAUGCAGCAUGUCUAUCCCCAGCAGCAGUACCCAGUCUAUGGCAUCGUACCUCCCACCUGGACGCCUUCUCCUACACCGUAUUUCGAAACUCCUUUGGCACCGUUUCCCAACAGUAGCUUUGUGAAUGGAUUUGGCUCAGCUGGACACUACAAAACUGGCUCCAGUUCUCUUAACAUCACUCGCCAAUUCAACAGGAACCGUGUCCCCCUCUAUUCAAGAAAGAAUGUAAUAAAUGCCUUCAGAAACCACGUGAAGCCCCAGGUGAGGACAAGUGAAGUGACCGCAGCAUCCAUAACUCCCGUCUCCCUGGAGAGUCUGACCGGAUUGCGCAGCCCACAGCCUCCUGCUCCUCUUGCCGCUGCCACUAACCCAGUCCAGACCGUCUCUGACCUAAGCAUGGCGUUCUCACAUCUCUCCUCCUCCUCUUCCUCUCUGGACCCCUGCGAUGACGGUUGCAUGUCAGGUCGCGGAAGACGCAGCACAACCUACAGAGGGACACGGAGGAGGCGAGAAGAUGAGCGGAUUACGAGGCCUAUACCAUUAGCAGAGGUCAAGGUUUCUCCACCCAAGUUCGACUUGGCUGCCACCAAUUUCCCACCUCUUCCCGGCUGCGUGGUCAGCACACAGGGGGAGCCAGUGCUAGAAAACCGGAUGUCAGAUGUUGUACGUGGUCUGUACAGGGACAAGACGGAUCAAGCCAAUAAAGAAGCCACUGUGAGUCCAGCAUCAGUCCAAGCCUCAGUCACAGAGGAGCCUGUGGCCGUCUCAAGUCCCGCCCCGGCAGCAGCUAAAUCCGCCACACAACCACUCGGACCCUCGGCCCCUGGGAAUCGUCAGGAGAAGAGAGUUGAACGGGGAGAGAUCACAGCACCAAAAGCAACCCCACGCGCACCUGUUCAGACAACUGUCAACCCUUCCUCCUCCACACAACCUGUGCCUAGCUCCAGGCCUCAGCCCUCUGCUGCCUCCACGCCAGUGACGCCCAGCACGCCAGCCCCUGCUGCAGCCCCUGCUGCAGCCCCUGCUGCAGCCCCUAUUCCCACCCCUGCACAGGAGCCACGUAAGCUCAGCUAUGCAGAGGUGUGCCAACGGCCACCCAAGGACCCUCCCCCUGCUGCCCCCGCCCCAGUUUCCUCCGGCACUGCGUCCGGUCAGCCAUUGCGCGAGCUGCGUGUUAAUAAGGCUGAAGAGCCGGGCUCCAGCGGUGGUCCUGGAGAAAAGCAAGAGAAAGCCCAUGACAGGGAGGGGGGCUGGGAAUUCAAAGAGAGCCGGCCACCACGUGAACGUGACUCUCAAGGCUACUAUCGCAGCAACGGCCCCAGAGGCGCCGGGGGCCUCAAGUUUCGGGACCAGAGGCGCCCGCCUCCGGCCCGACGCCACUCUCCCCAGGGAGGCUACAGGCAUACUGGCAAAGAGCAGAAUAUCCCACCAGUUUCGCCAAAGUAAAAACUUGAUAUGAAUCGAAAAAAUAUGUAUGAAUAUACAUGGAUAUAUAUAAUUAUAUAAAAAUGAAUAACAUAAAAGCAACAACAUUAAGGUAGCCACCUUCCCCCCUGGAACUUGUCCAAUGAGAAGCUCCUAAAAUGACUAAGACCAGGACAUCCAGGACUAAUGGGCGAAAUGACAUCUGAAGAACUUUGACGAGUGAUUUGAAAAGGAAACAAAUCUUUGUUUUGGCCUCCAGCAUUAUGCUUAACACAAUUAAGUGCGAUUUAUCUGGAGGCCGUCUCAUUUGUGCUCUGCUGGGGAAAGGUGGGAUGCUGGGCCGCGUAAAUGGCCCUCUACCUUUUUUUUGAUUUAAAAGAAUAGAUGUUGGUCUGCAAGAACAAUAUGCACUAAGAAGAAAAGAACAUGCAUAUUUGUCAUGUACAUAUACAAAGAUAUCACUAACACGCAAUGAGACAUCAGUUUUUCUUUGUUUUGUUUUGUGUGCUUAGGGUUGCAAGUAUGACUGAAGCGUUGACUGAUGUCUGUAUGCAUUGAUAGUGAAACAAACAAAAUGAUUGAAGUGCUACAGUGUGCUGUUGCACUGAUGUAAUGAAAUGGAUGAUUUUUUUUUUUGAUUUUUACAUCAGAGAUAAAGAAUCAUUGUCCUGAAACUGGACAGUGUGGUCUUCUAAUGUAUAAUAAUGAAAUGUGUUCUAUAGUGGUAUUUUGAUCCUGGUUCAUGAUUGGCUUCAACUGUAAGAGUCCGAUAUCAGAAACGUUAAUGUUCGCCGCAGUCCCAUGUGUGGUUUUGUUCGAAGCCGAAAUCCACUUUGGGGUUCUCACUGGCCUGUCAGCCACGGUGAAUCUGCUAGCCUGGUCCAAAGUUUUUUAUGUUUCAGUUUUAUCUUUGCUAUAUAUCUGAAAUGUUUUGGGUGUACCCACUCCAAUGGAUUGAAACUGUCAUGUUGAUAAUCAGUCAGAUUCUCUGUUUACAUGUUUGUUUGGGUUGUAGGGUGAUGUAUUUCAUGAGAGAGCGAGGAGGGGGGAAAAAAAGAAAAGGUUAACGGUAAGAUUCAGUGCGCCUGGUGGCCUAGGUGAAGUUUGGCUUUUCUACAUCAUCACAGGAUAUCCAGGUUAAGCUUAUAUCUGUGAAUUGUUCUUAACAAUGGCAUAGUGUCAAAAAUAGACCAAGGAGUACUGUUAGCUGAGGAUGAUUGCUACGUAAUAUUUGGCAGCCGGGUUGUGAGUAUACCGAGAAUUGGAAAAUUUUUCACGUGCUAUGUGCCAGCUGCCUACGAUCGUAGUGUGCUAGGAUACAGUUUCGAUUUUUAUUGACGAGAUCUGCUGAAUAAUGUAGUCUUGGGGAAACUUUUUGGCCCAGUGAAACUUGAUUUUGAAGAAGCUAUAGAAGUGUAGUUGCCUAUGCUAUAUUAUAAUAACCCUUCACUAGAGAUGUGUGUGGGAGAAUGUAAUUGUUCUAGUUGAGAAAUUACAGCGGGAGGCUUUUGACAGCAGGAUAUCCACCUGAUUUGUUUUGUGCUUUUAGGUUGAGUUUGCUGUGUUUUCUUUUUUUCUUUUCUUUUUUUUAACUUUUGAAAAACAAACAGGUUGACUUAGAAUUUGAAGUUUGACUCACUGUAUGUAUUGCUUUUUAAGUUUAUUUAUUUUAAAUCUGAUGCGCAACGCUUUUCUCCCAAUCUUGGUAGGCUGGUUUCCCCAAAGUUGUGUGAAAUCGCAUUGGCAAAAAUAAAAACUCACACUUAUGACAUUUAUUUACUGUUCCGAGAUGUCAGCUGAGAGAAAAUAUUUGAUGCAUUGACUUCGGGUUUAGUAAUGCAGUAAACGAGUAACCAAUCACUGGGGCUGUUAUUUUUUUUUAUUAAUGAGUAUGAGCUGCUAGUGAUUUAGUCUAAUUAAAUAAAUGCACUAACUUGUUUUUAAAAGAAUCUUACCUGUGAGUAAGGUGAAAUCAUUUUAGAAGCAUAUGGUUGAUGUUGACAGGCUUGCAAACACCAUCAGGAGAUGCUUCUCCCCUCCAUAUGUUUUGGUUAUUUUCUGUUAAUUUGGGUUGUGGUGGCAAAAAGGAAAUAUAGUAAUGGAUCAACCAAGUGUUUGAGACACAAUCCUAGAACUGUAUGAAAUGUCACCAAAAAUAAAUUAUUUUGAUUUGG